AUAAAAAAACCCGAAAGACAUAGUAAGGCUAUUAGUUGUUUAGAUAGAUUUGUGUCCGUCGCUGGCCUUGGCUCUAUAAUUUCUCAGAUCACAAAGGAACUAUUAACUUGGCUCUCAGAUCACCUUAAAAAUGAGAAAAAUAAUUUCAACAAACAGUCAUUAGUAUCAUCUGUUUUAUCAUGCCUGAAAGAUCAUGAUAGAAAUAUAAAAGAAGCUGCAAAAUCCUGCUUAGAUAAUCUUGUAUCUAUCGCUGGCCUUGGCUGUAUAAUUGUUCCACUUACAAAAGAACAAGAUCCCUUAUUGAAAAAAGAAUUAUUGAUUUGGCUUUCUGAUCGACUCAAUAAUGAGAAAACCAAUUUACCCAAAAUACAACUAUUAAUCUCAUAUAUUUUAUCCUGCUUAAAAGAUCGCAAUGGGAUAAGAGAAGUUGCAAGAUCGUGCUUGAAUAGUUUGGUACUUGAUAUCGGCCUUGCUCGUAUAAUUCCUUCACUUUCAAAAAAUCUGAACUCUGAUGAUUCUCUAUUAAGAAAAGAAAUAUUAGUUUGGCUUUCUGAUCGUCUUAAAGAUGAAGAUAAAAAAAACAAUUUAAAAAAUACUUUACCUACUAUAUCUCCAUUAUUUAUUUCUAAAAAACCUGAUUUAAAUUCAGUGAAAAAUAGAAAAAGAUGUGAAGGUAAAAAAAUGGAAAAUUUUUCAAUAAUGCCAACAAUUAAAGUUGUUUCAAAAGACAAUAACGUGUGUGAUGAUAAGAUUUCAAAAUUAUCUCAUGCAUCGGUAUUCAAGCCAUCUGUUAGUUUUACACAAAAUACUGGAUCCUAUACAAUGCGGUCGUUGGCCAAAAGGAGCACUGUGCCUCCAAGCAAAGUAUGUACGAAUAAUGGACAGACAAUUACAUCUUCUAGUAAUAAAUCUGGCAAGAAAAAAUCUACAGGCAAAAGGAUUGAUACAUCUAAAUAUCCUAUUCCGACCAAUUUUGAGCAUAUAAAAGCUACAAAUUCUUACGGAAUCUCACCCAAAGAACAAAGUACCUAUGAGCAUGACUCUGAAUUAUUGAAAAUCAUUAUCUCAAAAAUUUCAGAUGUCGAACAGCAACAGAAAAUUAAGGGAUUCAUAGAGUUGAAAAAGUUUUUGAUAAAUUCUCAUGAAUCGAUUAUUCCGCAUGUAGAUAUGCUUAUUAAUGUUCUAAUCGAUCAAAUGCAGUUAUCUUAUAAACAAUUUAAACCACUAUGCUCAAAUUUAAUUUUGCUAUUCUCUGAAGAAAGGCAGAGCUUAGCUUUUGCUAUUUCUCAAGAAUUACUUGAGCAGUUACUAUCAAAACUUGCACAUUGCUUGAAUCAAUGCUUAAAAGCAGAUCUAGAAGCAGAAAAACAAUCAUCCAAGUAUCUUGAAUAUUCAAUGUUAAAGAUCCUCAUAAACAGUAACCGUAUUACAAUUUACAGCACUAUCGGAAAUAAUAAACAAGUGUUUGUGCAAAAAAAUCUAAAAGAUGGCAUCCUUCUACCUAAUAAAUUAUUGCAAGAUCUCAAUAACUUUUUCAUUCCUACCUCACCUACAGAAAAUAUAGAUAAAACGUCUCUCUAUAUAAUAAAAUUUUUAAUAAGUGAAUUGGUCAAAAGUUUUGGUAGAAAAAUAUUUGAACACCUAGAUCUCAUUGAUGAUCCUUUUCGAAGCCAUGUAUUUCCUCUCUUGCUUGAUGCAUACUGUGAGAAGGAAAAGCAACAUGCAAAUUAUAAGAUACUCGUUUCUGGAAAUUCAUCAAACUGUUCAUAUUCAAAUUUUCAAACUAAAAAUUAUUUAUUCUCACAAACUUCUGCGAAAAGUCCCAUAAUAUUCAAAGUUCCUGCACAAAUUAAUGAGGUUCAAUGUACUAGUUCAGAAUCAGUUAGUUCGACUUCACUACCUAAUCAAGAUUAUUCAUCAGAAUCAUAUGAAAUGGAUGUUAAUACCUUUAGCCAAAGUCUCUAUGAAUUGUACGAACCUAUGAAACAUUAUCUUGAUUCUAGAAAACAUGAUAUUGAAAGAAGUAAACAAAAUUUAGAGAAUGUCUUGGCAAACUUCAAUUGCCUUAAACGUAGCUGA